CAGCAAUGCUGUAGCGAGCAUUCUCGCCAGCACCUUUACCGAACACGUCCAUGAGUUGACUCAUUUCGAUGAUCACCAACUACAAAAUCUGUCACAAUUCUCCUUCAUUGGACAGUCCAAAGUCGGAGCGUACUUCUGGAGGCAAGCGAACCAAGCCAAGCACAAACUCUCAAUACGACUUGCCUUACGCCAAAGCGGCGCUGCAAGUGCUCGGCAUGGUCGAUGUCGCUGGUGGAAUGGUUCCAUGGUGUAUAUCACCCGGUCAGAUCAAGACUGCGAACGGGUUGAGCCAUGCAUGCUUAGACUCGAUUCAUGCUGCAGGAGUAUGAAAGACACAAGGAGGAGCAUGGAAUUCGUGUCGAGAUCGAUCCCGACAUAAAUGAGGCAGCCAAGCUGGUUGAAUACGAUGAAUUGCACAUGAAUUG